AUGCCGCAACAGACAGACUCUGCAGCUCGGACCCGGUUGUGUAGGAUUACGAAGGAUCUCAAAGGUCAAAAGGUCAGGGUUGCCGGAAGAGUAUUAACAUACGAUGUCGCAACCGGAUUAAUUAUACUGAUCGAUGAAGAACACGCGCUGCUGGUAGACGUAUCGCUCGCGCUGGACUCGCAAUCGCGGGAGUGGGUGCCCGAGCGGCUGAGCACGAUCAUGGUUAUCGGUGACCUGGAGCGGACCGAUGACCCUCUGACAGCCCCACCGAUGCCGACACGGUCGCCUGCCUUAAAGAUGGACAGACGGCAUGUCCUCCGCGCUAUCCUCGUUGUUCCCUCGCCGGACUUGGACCUCUCGUUGUGGAAUGCUGUGUUGAAGGAGGAUGAGGAGGAAAAGGAGGUGUGA